UCCCCGACCCGCAUCACGCGGCUGCAGGAGAAGGAAGACCUGCAGGAGCUGAACGAUCGCCUGGCCGUUUAUAUCGAUAAAGUGCGAUCCUUGGAGCUGGAAAACGCCGGGCUGCGGCUGCGAAUCACCGAGUCCGAGGAGGUGGUGAGCCGGGAGGUGUCGGGAAUUAAAGCCGCCUACGAAGCCGAGCUGGCGGACGCGAGGAAGACGCUGGACUCGGUGGCGAAGGAGCGGGCGAGGCUGCAGCUGGAGCUGAGCAAAGUGAGGGAGGAGCACAAGGAGCUGAAGGCCAGGUGGGUCGGGGGGGGUUGG